AUCGUCGCCUCGAGAUGUCAUGCAGAGUACUUAGUUGGCGCACUAAUUAUCGUUAACGAUUGAUUGCACAGUAAUUGAGCGGUGUGGCAGAUUACAAUCAUGGUGUUUUGUGCAGUCGGAGCGUUAUUGCUGCUCCUGGUGCAUUUACAGCCGACAAGGGGAAACACUAAUGGUGCAUUCGAUCCGGAGGAAACGCUUUUCGCAUUCACCAGAUGCAUUGAAGAUUAUGCCUCGAAAGGUUCAACUCCGGAGCCGGGUGGUCGGGUGGAACGGAUUGAACGGUGGAUGAGUUGGGAGCUGCACCCAGCAGCCGGGGAUCAGCAGACCAGGUGCUUUGUGCACUGCUUGUUGAGCCGACUGGAACUGUUGGUGCCGUUGGAGGGAAAUUUCAGAGCUAAACGACUGCUUUCACAGUAUGAACGGUAUGGUAGUUACGUAAACUGCUCUCGGAUUGAAGUUGAAAUGAUUGCUAAAGGUCUGGAAAAUCGGUAUGAACUGCGGGAUUGUGACUCAGUGUACGAAGCAUUUACGGAAAGUAUUCUGCCGAACAUAACGAUUUUCAAACAAAUCUUUUUGCUUGAUCCCGACGUCAGUGCGAAAGUUUAUUUGGAUUCGGGCGCCCUGGUUAGACAGCAAAAGCAGUCAUAUUUUCAGUUCUGUGAACAGGCGAUUUAUAGUAACAAAACGGACGUUUGGUGUGCUGCUCGAAAUUAUACAAUUCCUGCUGAUGAAGAUUUUCCCAGGCAUAUCAAUUGUAUAUUCAGGGGGUUACGUUACCUAAAUAGAGAGGGAGCAAUCGUUAUCGAUGAAGUUAUCCGUGAUUUUCAUGUGGCCGGAAUGACGGAUCUGGAUUCCGAGAUUACGACAUAUUUGAACAAUUGUCUGAGUGGGCCGAGCGAUGGAGUCAUAUCAUAUUACAAAUGUUUACUAGAAAGUCCUUUUGUUGAGCAGUUCAAAGAAGCUUUGGAUUAUCGAGAAAUUAGAUCCAGUGAUUAUUAUUAUAUGUUGCGGCACGAGUCACCAUCUUACAAUAGGACUGAAAUUCAGGAAGCGGUAAAUGUAAUCUACGAAACUCAUUGUGGGAAAUAUAUAUCUUCUGCAUACAGAUAACCGUAGGAAU